GGGCUGCCAUCGGUCAGUUUGUCCGCGAAUGCCCCCAACACUGCCACUGCGAUUGUGAUUGCCGUGGUGAUCCCAGCUUCGGCGCGGCUCUGGCGAAGCAGUUGGAGCACUGCGGGCCAGCGCCGCCUCCUGCGGCCGAGCGGGGUGUUCCUCCUCGGCGCGCUCGCGGGCAUCGCGGUCGCGCUCUCGGUGCUCGUGGCUGUGGCCCAGGAUCUGAUCCGCCGAGGGGCAGUGGGCUUCCCUGCCUCGUCGCCGCCGCGGGCGGCCGUCACCGGCGGGCCCCCCAUGGGCCCGCGAGAGCGGGCGGGGAGGCGACUGCGGGAUCCAUCCCCGAAGGGCAAGAAGGGCGGCAAGGGCGUUGCGGUCAAGGAGCCGUUGCUUCCGCCGCGCUGGACCGUGACCGUGGCUCUGCGGCCAUGGUCCAUUACGGCGCCGCCGAGCAUCACGCGCGGCUCUUGGGCGCACAUGUGGAGAAAGAUGAGCAUGCGGUCGUGUCCCCCGAUUACGACGGUUCCGUGGAACAGUUUGAACAACGCGGACUUGGAAAGGAUCCAUUUCUCGGUCACCAUCGACGUGCGGCCGCGCGGCGUUCCCAGCCUUGGCAGCGUGCUCUACACCUCCGCCCCGCUGACGGCCGCGGAGAUCAGUGAGCUGCUCGCCGAGGCGGGCCAGGCUUGCAACCUCGAGCGCGCCCGCCGUAGGCUCCCGAGGCUGGGCGACGCCGUGCGCGCGAUUGGCGGCGCUGCCACCGCGGCGACGCCCGUGCACGCAGUGGUUCCCGCGCCUGGAGGAGCCCGCUUCGCUCCCGCAGGCGGCGCCUGGGUCCUCGCGGAGCCCCUCAUCGGCCACGACGUCGGGGCCGAGUUCGCGAUGCCCGUGGGGGCCGCGGCGUUGGGGUCCAUGGCGCUUGUGGUCAUCGACGGGGUCGUCGCCAGCCUCGAGAUGCUCGCCGAAGGGGCGGGCAUCGCGCGGUGGGCUCUCGCUCGCGGCAACUUGCUCUGCGACGACCCGAGGGCCCAGACCGAGCGCGCCCUGGUCGAGGCCGUCGGGCUCAUAACGGCGUGCACGCGCCAGGCGGAGGGUUUGCCUCCGCCCCCGUUGCUCGG